AUGGAAGAUCAAAUGAGAAUCAGUUUGGAUUUAGCCAACCAAGCAUUAAACAUAGGAGAAGUACCAGUCGGCUGUAUCUUUCUCUACAACGAUCGAGUCAUCGCUCGAGGCAAAAAUAGCGUCAACGAGACCCGAAAUGCGACCAGACACGCCGAACGAAACUGCGUCGACGAAGUAGUCGAUAAAUAUAAAGAUACCUGGCACGACGUAAUGUCCAAAGUAACAGUCGUAGUUACCGUUGAACCGUGUAUAAUGUGUGCCAGUCUGCUGUAUAGUUUAAAAGUACCAAAAAUCGUCUACGGUUGCAAUAACGACAGAUUCGGCGGAUGUGGAUCUGUGAUGGAUGUGUUACCUUUGUAUAGUCUCGAGUGUCAACUCGUCGCAGGUGUUUUGAAAGACGAAGCGAUGAGUUUAUUGAAAACAUUCUACGCUGGUACUAAUCCUAAUGCUCCUUUGUCUAAAGUUAAAAUUAAGAAAAAAUGAUUCCUCUUUAUUACGUCUCGAGUAUGUUUAAUCAUUUUUAUUAUUAUCAUUACGAGCAUUUUUCGAGUCUCUUUUACGAUAUAGUUUUUAUAUUUCAAUGUGCUUUGUAUUAUUUUUUUUAUACUUGUGAACACAUUUUUUUACGUAUUAUUUCGUGUUUUUUAUGUUUCCUUAAAAUGAUUAUAAAAUAAAUUGGAAAGUUUCAUGUA